ACACAUCUGUGGUUUUUGCUAAGCUUCAGUUACAUAAAUAUUAAUAUUACGCGUUACAACAAAAUAUUAAUACAUUUCCAAUUUAGACGGAAACAACAAUUAUCUAUCUAUCUAUCUCCUUCUUCUUCUGUUCUGUUGUUCAAUCUCUCUUUCUCUGUCUUAGCAAUGGCGAAUCUGACCUUAGAACUCAACAUUUACUCUGCAAAAGAUCUUGAAAAUGUCAACCUUAUCACCAAAAUGGACGUAUACGCCGUCGUUUCGAUCAACGGCGAUGAUCCUCAGAAGAAUCUUAAGGAGAAAACUCCGAUCGAUCGAACCGGUGAUUCUGAGCCUACAUGGAACCACGCCGUUAAAUUCUCCGUCGAUCAGAGGCUAGCUUAUGAAGGGCGUUUGAUCCUCGUCGUGAAACUGGUCUGCGAUCGGAUCUUCGGCGACAAAGAUCUCGGAGAAGUCAAAGUCCCGGUGCUCGAGCUUCUCCAUGGCUCUGCGCCUCCGUCGUUUAACGGUAACGGUCAGGGGAUGAUGAGAUUUGUUACGUAUCAGGUGAGAACUCCCUGUGGGAAAGGUCAAGGCUCGCUGACUUUUUCGUACCGGUUCGAUUCACCGACGUUUAAACCGGAUUCACCGGUUUCUUCAUCGUCACCGGUUUACUCGAAUCCGAUUCAGACAACUCCUGAUUUGCCAGCGACGACGAUUUAUCCUCCUCCGCCAUCGUCUGAAUCUAGUUUCUAUCCACCACUGUCGUCAAUCGAACAUCCGCCACCGUCGUCUCAGCCGCAAGGAUACUCAGCACCGCCGUACCCGUACCCGAACCCGUACCAAUACGAUUCUCAUUAUUCGGAACAGCCAAACACCAUUUACCCGCCGCCUCCGUCACCCUCCGCCUCGAGUUUAUAUCCUCCGCCGUAUUACAGUAUUUCACCGCCGCGGCAUCAAUUAUAUCCGCCGCCUCCCGGUCAUUCGUACCACCAAAUGCAACCGACACAGUCAUUUCACGGGUAUGCGCCGUCGUCUACGCAGAAUCAGCACGGUUAUAUAUAUCCUCCGCCGCCACAGACAUCAGGAUAUGGAUACGGUAGUCCGACAACGCAAGCGCCGCCGAAGAAUAAUAAUAAUAAAACAGGGCUUGGGAUUGGUAUGGGAGCUGGGCUUUUGGGAGGAGCAUUGGGUGGGCUCGUACUCGGCGAUUUAGUGUCUGACAUUGGCUUUGAUUUUUAAUACUUAAAAAAAUAAAUUCUUGCUUAAAAAACAGAAAAAAUAAAUAAAUAAAUGUUUACAAUUUUGAUUACAAAUAAUAACGCUGGAUCAUAUCA